AUGGUGAGCGUUCCGAGACCGUCGCCGUACCAUCAAUUCCUCCUCUUCGGGGACUCGAUAACGCAGGACUCGUUCAACCAGGAGCGCGGCUUUGGCUUCUCGGCAGCAUUGCAGCAUGCGUACAUUCGGCGUCUCGAUGUUGUCAAUCGUGGAUUCAGCGGGUACAACACCAGGCAGGCGCUGAGGGUGCUACCCAGCAUCAUUCCCUCUCCCGAUAACGCUCGCAUUAGAUUCUUGAUGGUCUUCUUCGGCGCCAACGAUGCCUCGCUAGCGGAAGCAGAGAACAACCAACACGUCCCUCUGGAGGAAUACAAGGACAACCUGGAGAAGAUCAUCACUCACCCGCUCAUCCUAGCCCAUGGCGCUCGAACUAUUCUUGUUGCGCCGCCGCCGAUCAACGAGCAUCUCCAACUCCUCAGCGAUAGGGAGAAGGGGAUGAAGUCCUUGUCCCGAAUGGCCCCUAGCACCAAAAGCUAUGCUGAUGCGGCUUGCGAGGUCGGCGAGAGGAUUGGUGUGCCUGUGGUGAAUCUGUGGAAAGCCUUCAUGUCGAAGGCCGACUUUGAUGCGAGUACAUGGAAGUCUGGCGAUGUUAUUCCUGGCUCUAUGGACGCCCCGCAGAACGAUGCUCUGGUCGAGCUCAUGUACGAUGGUCUUCACUUCAACCCCGCCGGAUACGACGUGCUCUUCCAGGGAGUGAUGAAGGCGAUUGCUGGCAAGUGGCCGGAGCACCUACCUGCAAAGACCGAUAUGGUCUUUCCGGCUUGGAAUGACGCAGCCGCCUGGGAAGCAUGGGCAGCAUGGGCAGCAUCGGAGAAUGCGACAUCAUGA